AUGAGCCCAAGAACGACGAGCCGUCUCACAAACCAUGCCAUCGCAUCAUGGCCGACCCCGCCUGUCCACGGGAUCCCUCACUGGCAUGGUGUGUUCGCUGCAGACCAUUCCCAAGAACUCGAGUAUCAGCAAAACCUGAUAAUUUGCCGCUUCAAAGCCCAGCCAGACGAAAGCUGGGCGUUCUUGGCUGCAGAUACCAAGCACCUUCAGCCUGUAUCCUCCAUCCUGUCCACCUUGCGCCCGCCGCUUCGCCGUUCAAUGAGGCUGUGCAGGCAAUGCCAAGACCUGCGAGGAUGGGUGGUUUCGCCCUGGCUUCAACUCUCGCCAGUCCAAGGGGGGGGGGGCCACAUCGCCAGCGCUCUACACUCAAUCAGAGGAGAAGCAAUCAAAACGAGGCCUUUAACAAGUCUUGGCAUUGCUCCUUUCACACUCACUGGCCGCCACAUGCAUUCUAUUUGCGCGAUUUUCCUGCAUGGUCAUCAUCCAUUGGCUGUGCCGCCAGAAGGGUCGCCGAUGUGCCACGAGCCCGAUGAGCCUGCCAAUGCCACGGGAAUUUACCAAGCUUUCCGGCGAAAUCUUGGAUGCACGACACCCGAGCGAGAAAACGACCGCACCAUCAGCAACAUGACUGCCCGCACGCCCCAGAUGCAGCUACAGACCACAAUGACUCUUUCGAGUUUUGAGCCAUCAUCCACGCUGGAACUCUCCACGUUUGGUCGCAGUUAUUCCAGACUCAAUCAGACCACCGUGUUCGCCUCCCCAGACGAUCGCGACAACCCCGGCAGUUCAAGGACGAGUGGUCCCCCGAAAAGCCCCAGAUGCGGAGGGUCGAAUGGGGUGCUUGUGUUCGGACGCCAGGCCGAGAUUAGGAAGGACUCUGCAAGUGGUGUCCUGGCUCGGCGGGAUCAGGCCAAGAUGCCAGUAGGACUUCUUGCAUAG